GUAACGCCAUUGGAUCCUGGGCGGAACUAGAGUUCUGCGCUGUGAUCCUCAGCGGAGGUCCUGGGGUCUGCAGCUGGGACAGAUGUUUGCUGUGGUUUAAAAUGAAGACUGUAUUCUCUGUAGGUGAAUAUGGAAGGGUGGUUAGAGUUUCCCCCGGUCUCCAGUAAAGUGGAGCAGCAGAAGAUCCAGCUCUGAUCAGCAGCUCCACACCUCUGUACUCAGACUGCUCUGCUGGAGGAACACCAUCAGCUCACCUGCUGCAGAACUGAAUGCUGUGCUGUUCCAAGUUUUCUUCUGAUACCAGUGUACCAGUACCAGUGAUACCAGUGUAAACUUCACUGGAUGAAGUUUAACUUCACAAAUACAAGAUUUCCCAAAGAGGUUAAGCUGCUGAAUGAAGAGGAGAACAUGGCAUCCAAAGAAAUAUUUAAUGUUCAGCAAACCCCCUCUUCUACACCUCACACGCAAAUGCAGGAAAGUACAGACAAAAAGAAAACUCACCACUGUUCAGAAUGUGGAAAGAGCUUUACUAAAAGGAGUCAUCUCCAAGAUCAUUGGCGCAUUCACACUGGAGAAAAACCAUUUCACUGCUCAGACUGUGAGAAGAGUUUUAAUCAUCGGAGCCAUCUCAAAAAACAUCAGCGCAUUCACACUGGUGAGAAACCGUAUCACUGCUUAGAAUGUGGUAAGAAUUUUAGAAAUCCGAGUCAUCUCCAACAACACCGGCGCAUUCACACUGGAGAGAAACCGUAUCAGUGUUCAGAGUGUGGGAAGAGCUUUACUAAACAGAGUCAUCUCCAAGAACAUCUGCGCAUUCACACUGGAGAGAAACCAUAUCUCUGUCCUGACUGUGGUACGAGCUUUAGUAGUCAGAGUACUUUCCAACACCACCAACGCAUUCACACUGGAGAGAAACCGUAUCUCUGUUCAGAGUGUGGGACGUGUUUUAGUAGUCGAAGUACUCUCCAACACCACCAACUUAUUCACACUGGAGAGAAACCAUAUUACUGUUCAGACUGUGGAAAGAGUUUUAAUAAUCGGAGUAAUUUCAAAACACACCAGCUCAUUCACACUGGAGAGAAACCAUAUCACUGUUCAGAUUGUGGGACGAGUUUUAGCAGACCUAGUAGUCUCCAGCGACACCAGUGCAUUCACACUGGAAAUAAACCGUAUUAUUGUUCCGUCUGUGGGAAGAGUUUUACUAGACAUAAUAAUCUCCAGCGACACCAGCUCAUUCACACUGGAGAUAAACCGUUUCACUGCUUACAGUGUGAGAAAAGUUUUACUCAGCAGGGUGAUCUCAAAUCACACCAGCGCAUUCACACUGGAGAGAAGCCAUAUCACUGCUCCGAGUGUGCUGGGAGCUUCAGAUAUUUACGAUCAUUCAAUAAACACAAGUGCAUUAUGAGCAGUCUUGGAAAUCACAAUGAAAUGCAGUUAGAUAGUAGCACAGUGCAAUAACUGUGAUAAUCUGAGUACUUGUCUAUGAUAAAUGCAAUAUACAUAUAUAUUUAUAUAUACACACACACACACAUAUGUAAUAUAUAUAUAUAUAUAUAUAUAUAUAUACCAACAUACCAAAUAUCACUGUUAUGCCUAUAAGACAAAGUUCACGUGUAUAGUAAGUGGAAUAUUAAUUAUGAGUGAGAGACAGAACGAGAGCUCUGCAGGGUAGGAAAGUGAACUGCUGUGGUAAACAACCCCCUUUUUGUUUCAGUAACACUACAGUACUUUCUGUAUUUUCUUUUUAUCUGUGACUGUAAAGUUGGUAGCAGUAAGACCUGGCUAAAUAUGGUCUGUAGGCUAAUGACUCUCUCUGCAUGGGAUUUACACCCAUCUGAACUGAACAUAUAAAAAAUAUCUGAAUCUCAUCAGCUGAAGAGUGACUCAUGACACUUAUGUUUCAUUCAGUUGCAUGAAGAAACUGUGGAGAUUUUUCCUCUCCCUUUCUCUUGCUGCAUUGAGAUCUGAACAGUUUUUCCCCCUCUGUGUGUUGGAGGACCACCAGUACUAAACCUUGUAUAACAGUUUUGUUACAUUAAUACAUUGCUUUAUUUUGUUGUCAAUCAUUUUUCUGUAUAACCAUUAGGGGUGGACGAUAUGGCCCUAAAAUAAUAUCACGAUAUUCUGUGCUAUUUUUGCGAUAACGAUACUUUUGGCGAUAUAACAAAACACUGAAUUAAAAAAUGAUUUCAAAAAUACACUACUGCAACAAAAUAAAAAUGUCAUUUUAUUAUUACAUACAAUAUAAUAUUUUACACCCCUAAGUGAGAUAUAUUUAAAAAUACAAGAAUUUUAUCAGAUUUGUAACAUAUGUCAAUGAUCCAGAAUGUCAUGAUACUAAUAAUGCACUUCAUAUAUCCAGGAUUAAAGUAAAAUAAAUGAUGCUGGACAGAUAUAAUCUGUCUGUAGUAGAUAUAUAAAGGGGAAAUGGGGUGGGUGAAAUGGCACAAUAUUUUAGGGGUAUAAUAUCGUUCACGAUAUUUAAAAAUAUUGAUAUUAUCGUGUACGAUAUGAUAUGGCACACCCCUAAUAACCAUAUCAUAUUAUACAACACUUCUUACAAAACACACCUUAGGACAAGGACCCAUUGAUUGACGCUAAGGCAACGUUAAUUACAAGCCAAAUUGCUCAAAUCCGAUUCGCCGGUUCACAUUCACAAAUGUAAGUGACCUGUAUCUGUGUGUAAUCUGAAAGAAUCUGUCCCUGAAAUGCCUCACAAUGAUACCUGUAUAAACGUCGCCUUCUACACCAACAACAAAAAACAUCAUAUUUGAGAGACGACUCGUAGCUUUACAAAGGCAAAUGAAUGCAUUAGCAGCUCAUAUGUGGAGAAGCUUUUGCUGGAGUGGAGAGUAAACAGCUGGUCUGAAGUACACGCUCAGGUCGAGGAGGAAAAAAAGUCUUGUGGUGGUUUGCUUUUGCUGUUUUUUCAACUAUAGCUCGCACUAAGAUGUGUGGGCAUGAGAGAGCAAAAAAAGACGCAUGAAUUCUGAUUUGACAGUUCACAUUCAUGUCGCGUGUCCAUGGUUGGAAUCCAUAUCCGAUUUAGUACCACAUAUAAAAGUGAUCUUUUUUUUAAAAAUCGGGUUUGGCAAGUUCACACAGCCAUGAAAAAAUCAGAUCUGAUUUCAGAUUUGAGUCACUUCAGCCUGGUAAUGUAAACGUAGCCUAAUGCUGCCCGACACUUUUAGUCUAUAUAACUUUUGGCACAGGCAGGUUUCCAGAGUCCCAGACCACAUCAGGAUGGUCAUUAAAUUGGUAGACCAGCCCUUAAUCUUCAGUGAGUGCUAUACUAAUUUCUUGCUGUUGAAAAGUCAAAGAGAUCAAUUAAGAACGUAUUCAUUUGAUAUUGUUAAUGUAUUCGAAAUGUAAAUCUGUCACUGCUUCCUUUUUACAAAAAACAAAUUGGCUGUUCAAAAUAAUCUUAGCCAAAAAUUUGUGUGUGGUUUGGCUCAUUAACUAUACUAUCUGCGUAGUUUUUUUGUACUGAACAUUUUUUUAAUGGAUUCUGAACUGUUCUGUACGGCUAUUUGUCUUAGCGUUAAUGGCAUGUUUUAUAAUAGUUUGUAUUAAUGUGUUGAAGUUCAUAUGCUUGUUGUAUUUCUUGUAGUCUUAUCAGACCUAAAAUCAAAUAUUAAAAGAGAUGAACUGAGCACCUUC